AAUAAUUUAUUACAGUACCCCGAUGUCGCACUUUCACGACCCUGUGCCUCCGCCUCCGCUCUCUCCAACGAAAAAUUUAAGAACGAGGAGGAGGAAGAGAGGAGGAGAUCGAGCGCGCAACAAUGGCGAAAGGGACGGGAACGGGAGUUUUCGAGAACUUUCUACGCGACAAAUCCCUCAAAUCCCUCUUCUCCGGCGCCGGUCGCCGGAGAAUGGCCGCCGACGCCGCCGACGACGUCGUUUCCAUCCCUCAGCUCUCCGAUCUCGCCAACUCCGUCGUCGCUCGCUGCUCCAGGAUUCUUCUUCUUCCUGCAGAAAUUCUGCAGCAGAAUUUUGAGGCUUAUAUGUUGGGUCAUUCCAGAGAGCCGACUAUGUACGCAAGAGAAUUACUAGAAUACUGCUGUUAUAAAACUCUCUAUGCAAUCACUGCUCGUCCGGAUUAUUUGGCCGAUACGGAAUUCCGUCGCUUAACCUUUGAUAUGAUGCUCGCCUGGGAAUCCGCUGGUGCUGAGAUUGAACCGUUGCCGAAUGCAACUGUUUCUCGUAACAAUCCAGAGGCCGAGGAUGAGGAUGGGGCAUCGAUCUUUUACACAAAUUCUACACGCUUGGCUGCUCAGGUUGAUGUGAAGAAGACUGUAGGAUUGAAUGCUUUCGCCCGGAUAGCAACUGCAUGUCCUAUCUUAGCUGAUUUGAUCACUGUUCAUAACUUGUUUGAUGCCCUUACAAGCUCAUCAGGUGGUCAGCUCCAUUUCUUCGUAUAUGACAAGUACCUUAAAUCUCUAGACAAGGUCCUUAAAUCUGCAAAAAGCACUAUGGGAUCGCCACUUGCUUCGAACCUUCACCUUUGUGAUGGAGAAAUUAUCCUAGAUGUCGACGGUGCCUUGCCUACUCAACCUGUUCUACAGCAUAUUGGGAUAUCUGCAUGGCCAGGAAGAUUGACACUAACGACCCAUGCUCUUUAUUUUGAGUCCUUAGGAGUAGGUACUUACGAUAAGGCUGUUAAAUAUGAUUUAGCUGCUGAUCUAAAGCAGGUAGUGAAGCGUGAAUUGACCGGACCACUGGGUGCCCGCCUAUUUGAUAAGGCUGUGAUGUAUAAAUCAUGCUCUUUAGCAGAGCCAAUUUGUUUCGAGUUUCCUGAAUUGAAAGGCAGUUCACGCAGAGGGUACUGGUUGGCAAUUAUUCGUGAAGUAUUGCAGGUGCAUAGAUUCAUUAGAGAGUUUAAUCUUGAAGACAUCAAGGAAGCAGAAGCUCUUUCAAGAGCCAUUUUGGGCAUCUUUAGAUACCGUGCUGUCAAAGAAGCAUUCCGUGUUAGUCUUCCCUGCUUUAAAACUAUACUCGCUUUUGACCUAGCUGAUAAGCUGCCAAAAGGAGAUAUGAUCUUGCAAGCACUUUGCAAUUACUUGGAGUUGGUGCAAAUCGGGUGCUUGAAUCAUCGUGCUGCUGAGUUUGAUGCUGAUAAAAGAUUGAAGAGCCAUCCUUUACCCUUAUUUGUAUAUGCGCUGACCAGGGUGGGAUUUACGGUAGUGAAAAGAGAAGAUGGAAAUGAACCGAAAGAUCCAGCUUUUAGUGAUAUUUGUUUUGAUGCAACAAAAUCUCUGGAAACUGCUGUGAAAGAGUCUUUUUGUUACUCCGAAAGAGCCAAGGAAGCCCGUGCAACUGUGGAUCAGGUGAAAGUGGAAGGCAUCGAUACAAAUCUAGCUGUGAUGCAGGAGCUACUUUUCCCAGUUGUUGAAGCUGGCAAAAUGCUUUGUAUUCUGGCUGAAUGGCAAGAUCCUUUUAAAUCAUCCAUAUUCUUGAUUCUGUUCCUUUAUCUUAGUUACAGGGGUUGGCUGAGCUAUGCAUUGCCCUGCAUUUUCUUAUUUCUUGCUCUUUACAUGCUUUGGCACAAGUUCUGCAGAAAAGGAAAGCAAUUGGAAGCAUUGCUAAUCAAGCCUCCGCCAAAUAAGAAUGCUGUUGAGCAAAUUGUGACUUUGCAAAAUGCCAUUUCCCGGUUAGAAAAUUGUGUCCAUGCUGGGAAUAUAACUCUUCUCAAACUAAGAGCAGUUCUUUUCGCAGCAGUUCCAAAGGCAACUGAAAUGGCUGCGCUAGUUUUGGUCGCUGCAGCGGCUUUGCUCACCUUCUUGCCUUUCAAGCAUCUAGUGAUGCUAGUGGCCGUCGAGGCAUACACAAGGGAGAUGCCGUUACGGAAACAGAGCAAUGAGAAGCUUCAAAGGAGAGUUAGAGAAUGGUGGGCACGCAUUCCGGCCGCCCCAGUACAGGUUAUCAGAACUGAUGAAAGUAAGAAAAGGAGAUAGAAUCAUAUCCUCUUUGUUUUUGUUACUUAUCUUGUUACCUUUACCGAUAAAAGGAAAUAGGAAUGGUAUAGAAUUAUAUAUCCUUCUCGUUUUUGUCACUUAUCUUGUUACUUGAUGAAAGGAUAUAGGAAUGGAAUCCUUUUUAGUGUUUGUUUCUAA